AUGGAAUAAACUUCAUAAAAUUAAGUUAUAGCCGAAGAUUAACUCAAUCCAGUUGAAACAGAAAAAUUAAAGAACUCAAAAAAUAUUUAAACAUUUUUAAAAUGGUGUCAUGAUAAUAAAGUUUUAAUGCAUAAAGGUAUUGGAGUUCCUGCAGCCUUUGGGCCUUUAGGUAUACCUGGUGUAGUUGCUUUAGAAGAUAUACCAGCGAACACUGUUAUUGCUGCGAUACCUGAUAAAGUAAUGAUAUCUCAAUAUCAUAUUAAAAAUGGAGAAUUGAAAGAAAUGCUAUUAGCAGAGAAAAAUGCUCAUUUAUUUAAUGAAAAGAAGGCUGGAGAUGCUGAAUUUAAUAUUCUUACUUCCUUCUUAAUUUAUGAAAAGCUUAAGGAUGGAAAAUCAUUUUAUUAGCCAUAUUUUGAUACAAUUGAGCGCUCUUAUACUUUGUAUGAUUGGGAAGAAAAAGAUAUUAAGGAAACCGAAUGUCCAGAGUUAAUUGAUGAAUUUAAGCAUUAUAAAGAAGAUGUUGAAGUAACUUGGAUUUAGCUUAAGAAAUGUCUUGUGUAGUAUCCAUAGUUUUACGAUCAAGAAAAAUUGACUAGAGAAUUAUUUUUUUGGUGCUAUGAAUUAGUAAUGACUAGAGUAUUCGGACAUUUUCUUCCACAUACUUGCUUAGUUCCUUUUGGAGAUUUAUUCAAUCAUGGAAAUCACUCAGCCACUCAUUACAUUGUUAACAAAUUGUUUGAGGCUGAAGAAUCUAUAUCUCAUCCCAAAUAUAAAAUUAAAAAAAAUAAAAUAGAUCUAAGCGUAUUUGAUACCAAUAACAGUGGUAAAUUUUAAGCAUAGAAUAAUGAUUUUCACUAUCGUUGUUCAAGGUAUCGCUUUGUUAAAGAUCAUUAUAAAGUUCUCUGCCCAGAAUUAAAAAGUAUAGUAGAAAAUAAAAGUAAAUUCAUCGAAGAUGAUAUCCUUAGGAGAAUGGUAUAUGAAAUUAAUACAAAGGAAUUAUUUGCAAAUGUGUAGGUCGAUAUUUGGGAUUUGAAAUUUUUUACUACUUCAGCUACUGAAGAUAAUGACACAGAUGAAGAAUAAACAGAAGGAAGAAAGAAAGAAUAUGAUAAUUUGUUUCACAAAGAACUCAAAAUUGUUGAAAAUAAUUAAAAGAAAGGUAAAAGGAAAGUAGAAACUCUGAACAUUCAUUAAAGCAAAAAUUAAAGUCUGUCUGAGUCAAGCACAGCUUAAAACUCUUCAAAAGGUACCACUGCUUUUGAGUAAAUUUUAAAUCGUACAAAAAAAAGCGAAGAAAGUGAAAAUUCAUCUGAUUCUGAGUUUUAAGAAAAUGAUUACGAAAGUGGUGAUGACUCAAGCUACGAAGAUAGUGAAGAGGAGGAGGACGAGGAUAAAGAAGAAGUAAAAGAAGAUAAAAAUGAAAAUUAAAAUAUUAGUGAAGAUAAUACUAAUACUUAAAAAGAAGGAGAGGUUAUUGCUGAUAAAAAUGAAAUAACAAAUGAUAAAUUUAGCAAAACAUAAGUCGAAGAUAUUAAAGUUGUAAAAAAGUAAAAGCAGCCAAAAGAUAGUAAAUUUAAAAUAGAUCAUACUGAAUAUGAAUAUAAUUUAGACUCUGUAAGUACUCUUAGUGAUGAUACUGAAUUUGAUUGGUAUGAAUCAUAAACUGAAAAUACUUAUUUUGCUGUCACAACUGAAUAACCUUAUAAAAAGGGAGAAUAAAUUUAUCUUUGUUAUGGAAGAAGGACCAACAAAUUUUUACUGCAAUGGUAUGGAUUCGCUUUUUAGAAUAACUUGUUUGAUAGCUUUGGCUUUAGAAUGUGGAUUUAACCUGAGCCUAGUCCUCUUGAAAUUCCUGGAAUAUUCAAUUAGAUCAUAUUUAGAAAAUUCAUAUCCGAAGAUGAUUGGAAAAAUGGAUUUGUUAUGAAUAAUAACAUAAAAAUCAAUACAAAAGAUUUAACAAAGGAGUUUAGAUUGAAAAGAGGUCACCUGUGUGAAGAAUUUAUUAUUUAUUUAAGAAUAUAUCUAUCAAGCCAUUAUCAUGGUAAAGAUCAAUCAAAAAUAUUGUUUACUCUACCUCAAAGCUUUGGAUUUGAAAAGUUUGUAUUUGAUUUUGCCCUGAAAGUUUUAUAAUUUAUGAGAGACCAAUACAAAACAUCUAAUGAAUAAGAUGAAGCUCUACUUAAAGAUUAUAAUAUAACAUACAAAUAAAGAUUUGCCAUUGUUUUAAGACUAGAUCAUAAAAAAAUACUUGAUGAAUAAAUAUAAAUAAUUAACUCUAUUUACAAGAUUCUAUGUGUUUUAGAAUCAAAAGAUUUUUAAUAAAAAAGUAGGCUUUUAGAAUCUUAAUUAUUAUAGUAACAAAAUUAAGACAAUAAGGAAAACUAAGAAAUUCAUGCAACUACAGAUUAAUUAAGUCAAAGUGAAAAAAAUUAAAGUAAUGCUUCUGUAAUGAAGGAAAUAAUUGUUACAGAUGAAGACAUUAGUUUUAAGAAAGUUUAUACAGAUAAUAUAGAACAAUUUUAAAAUAAUUGUGAUUUAGUAAUUGAAAGACACAAAAUUAAAAAAUAUCUAGAAAAAUUAUACCUAGGAAUAUACAAGAAAUAUAUUUUAUGA